GUCAGAGGUCUGCUUCAUUUGUGGUCUGUGACGAUAUCUUUCAAAAUUAAAAUCAGCUGAAUACGCCGAGUAAUUUUAAUAAACUAAACUAUUAUAUAAAGUGCCUGUAGAUUUCAUGGUGAUUCAUUGUAUAUUUUGAGUGGUUUAUUUUUUUGGAAUAGCGGUUUAAAGUUUUAUUGACGCCAUCUUCAGAGAUUGUUCGCCAAUCGCCACCAAUCGCCGUUCAUACGUCGCUGGCAGUGAACGGAACGAAGUGCCGUCGCAUAGAUCGUUGGCUGGCCGUGUCUGGCUGAAAAUAGUGAACGAAGUUAUGAGUUUUCGAAAUAUGUUCGAAUAAAAAAAGUGAACAGUGAGUGACUGUCAUCCAGCAAGAUGGUUGAUGACGUGAAAGAUAUUACCGAAAAAGCUGAAAGUAAAGAGGCCCUAGACCGAGCGAGACUGGCGCGCGAGCGGCGCGAAGCUGAACAGAGGAAACGGCUGGACGAGCUCAGAGCACACGCAGCCGCCGCGCAGGCUCAGCGAGAGAAGCGAGAUGAGGACCGGCGCAAGCGACAGGCAGACCAACGCGCAAGAGACGAUGACAGGCGGACACAGAAGAGAGAUGAGGAGCAAUGCCAGCGGCAAUUGGGGCUGCACGCUAAAGAGGACGAUAGGCGAAUACAGGUAGAAGAACGAAAACGCGCGAUAUGGGAGGCGUCCAUCUCCCGUCGCGAGGCGUUGCUGCAACGCGAACGCGACCGCACCGAGCGGUUGGAGCGAGCGCGAGCGGCUCGCUCGUCGCCGCGACCAGCGUUCGCGUUCGGCUCGUCGACGCCCCGCUUGCUUGAGCCAGUCGACUCGGCUGGUUUCUUUUGGGCCGCGCGCAGUACCAACCCCAUAGAUCAGAUGAACUUUUUUGAAUCACUGGCGGCAUCAACCACGAAUGUGAUGUACGCGUCUGCGCCGCUCACGAGACGCGCGUCUGCACUGCAACUCGACUCGUCCGACACUGAUAACAAAGACGAACCCGACCGCUCGCCGCAGCCGGCGUGGUCGUCAGUGGCGCGGCGGCGCACCGACCUGGUGCCCACGCUGCCGGCCCCGCGCGCGCCAGGUAGGGCCCACUCCAUGACGCGCCUCGACCGCCUGCAGCCGCGCCCGCUGCAGCGCGCCUCGCCGUCGCUGCACCAGCUGCACCAGCUGCACCCGCAGACCAGAUCGGGCGAGACGACUCCGGGCUCACGGCCCGGCAGUGCUAUGUCGAACGCGACCGGCGUGAUACGGAGGGCGUCGUCUGCACCAAGGAAGCCUCGACCCGCCUCUAUAGCCGGUACGGGUGUUAACACGCCGCGAGGUACAGACACAGGCGCCAACAGUGUCUCCACGACGCCAUCGGUGUCUCGGGACGCGACCACUGUGGUCAGCCGGCCUGCCACCACGCCGCGCCGCCCACGACCGCUCUCACUGCACGUGUCGUCUAAACCAGUUGGUCCCGUCGCGCCCGGCGAAGGUAAACCGCCGCUACAUAGAAAGCCAAAGCCAUCCAAAGAUCAUGAUAAGUCUCGCGGCAAGUCUUUGUCGGCGUCGCCGGGUCGCACGCUGUCGCCGUCGCCGGGCGUGUCCAAGGAUCCCAGCGUCGAUAAAGAGAUACCUAAGAGCGUGCCACAGCCGGUGCAGUUGAAGAAUCAAGUGAACGCGGUGGAGGUGACGCAGAAACUGGAAGCGUUGCAAAUCGGGGACCAUCAGGAAACAAACGAAAUCAAAGAAACAGUAGAGGUUAAGUCUGAAACGAAUAACGAACAGAAGGUAGAGAAAAUAUCGAUAGACGUACAGAAGCCAGCGGAGAAGGAGACAGAGGAAACGCAGAAGCCAGCCGAGAAGGUGGUAGAAGAUAAACGGGAAGAGAAGAAGGAGCCGUCGGUUGAAAAGACUGAAGAGAAUGAAAUGACUGCGUCUAUGGUGGCCCGUCGUAUAACGACGGAGGUGGAGGCGAAGGCGGCGCUCGCUGAGCGAAGACGGCGCGCUAGGGAGGAGUUGGAGAGACAGGCCGAGCUGGAGAGGCAACGAUUGCAACGUGAAGCCGAAGAAGAAGCCGAGAGACAAAGACAAGAAGAAGAAAGACAGAGGCGCGAAGAAGAAGAAGCGAGAGAAUUAGCGGCAUUACAGAGGAGAAUGGAAGAAGAGAAGCUUAGAAAGGCCAUUGAGGCGCAACAGCAAUUAGAAAAAGAAGAAGCUGAACGUCGCGCGAAAGAAGAAGAAGAAAGGAAAUUAAAGGUUAAAGAAGAAGAAGAGAGGCGGAAGGCUGCUGAUGAGGCGGAGAAGUUAAAACGAGAGGAAGCAGAGAAGGAAGAACGUGAACGGCUAGCGAGGAAGCAGCGAGUAGAAGCUAUAAUGGCGAGAACGCGCCUGAAGAAACAAGCGGAAGAAGACAAGAAACAACAAGAAAUAUCAGCGCAACAACAAAACACAUCAGUCACAGAGAAUAACACAUCAGUAGAUGUAACAAAGGAUAGCGUAGACAGUGCAACAGCUACAACGAAAGAAAAUGGCUCAUCCACAACAAACAAUAACACACAGUUAUCUGAAGAUGCAACAGUUGAAACCAAAACGGAGAAACAAGAAAUUGUACAUGUAAAUACACAAGAUGAUGUGCUUCUAGUGAAUUUCGCACAAGAUGGUGGAAAGUCUGAUGUGAAUGUGUUUAGUGAUGAUAGUGCAAAGGAUGUAUUGGUGGGUAGUCUAGAGAGUGCGUCGUCGGUUAGUGACAGUGCAUCGAUAGUGACUGUGAGGGAGAAUGUGAAUGUGAAUUUGCCAGUGUCGGUGGAGAUCGCGGUGGAUAAUAGCAAUGGCAAUAUGCAGUCUACGGAUCUGUUGCAGCUUGCCCCUAGUCAGCCCGAAGAGACGAAGAGCCAGUCGCCGGCGCCCGUCAUGAACAACGGCAACGUGACUGCCGACCUGCUGGGACUGUCCCAACAACAUGAGACAAAGGACAAACCAGACGAGCAGACGACAAAACAAGUGGACAACACGCCAAUACUGGAGGCCAACAACGGGAACGCCAAUGUUGGCCAUAUAUCCGCCAAUGUUGGCCACAUAUCCGCCAACUUCAUACAAACGGAGCGAAUGGCCGAGGUGACCAAUAAAUUGGAUGACUUCGCCACGCACAACGGACACAACCAUCCGCUGACGCUGCAGAAUGCGAUCUAACCGAACCACGGGAACGCGGGCGUAGCUGGAGGGUAGCUCGAGGUAAAGAGGAGACGGGGGUAGAAGAAAAUAAAACAACACAAAUGUACGACUCAGAGCCGUAAAGCUAAACAAAAGAGGUUACUGAAUGUUAUCGGACAGAUGGUAGAAUUUUAAAAAUUUUACUUUUUUCUCUCGUCUCCCCUUAUCACCCCCUGUCACCCGGGCGAAAGCCUAGUCGGGCCACGGCGCCGUCGUUUGGACAGUCUUUGUCGGGCCACGACCUCGUCGGUAAGCGACGUGCGACUAAUUGUAUACAAAUGUACAGAAAUGUGAUGGCUUCAUCUUGCGUCUCCAUGAUGUCUUACAGCAUUUUGAUGACGUCAUUUAACGUAUUUCGGUGUGACUACGCAUGCUAAUGCAGCGAUACCGAUGUGUUGGGUUAAAUUCCCAUUUCUGGUCUGGUCAUUUAAGAUUUUAUGUUUUCUAAACUUCUUUAAGUUUGAGUUCUGUGCACCUAGUGGAAGUUUUCAAUAUUUUCAUACUGUUACUACCGCGUUAACGUAAACGCGAAUUUAUAUGGAAUUAAAACAGUUGUGCAAUAGUGCCACUAGAUGGCGCUGUUUCAAUUCCUUAGAAAUUCGCGUUCACGUUAACGCGAUCGUCACAGUAUCAAACUGCCACUAGGCCCUCUAAUAAGCAAAUCAGACUCUACUGACAAGUAGGUUACGACUGUGGCUAGUUACCACCAUAACGGAAAAGGCGUUCUGAUUAGAUGCUGUGUAUUACUACUAAUUUGCGAGAUACUAUCUUAGAUUGAAUUGUCACUUAACAUCACAUAAGAUCUUAGUACGUUAAUUUGUAAAUAAAUGAAAAAUGCGAGCUACUUUAAUUAUUUUCAACAGUUUUAUUUUUAUAGACUAAACUAAUGUUAAUUAAUUAUUAUUGUUUUUUUUUGACAUGACUCCUAUUGGGCCGUUAAAUUACGAAUGCGUUAGGCGCAAGAUGAAGAUGUACGUCGACUUGCUUUCAAUACAUUUCUUUAGAGUUGUAUAGAAGAAACCCGUCGGCCACGACUAUCGUGUCGCGUCGCUGAUCGUAUCGCAAAAGUCGUGGCCCCACGGAAAGUUCUGUCAUUUUACAUUUGACCCAGUGUAAGAAUGUGAUAAUAUCGGCCGGAUAUUGGAUGCGCUUUCCUGAAGUGACGUCAUAUUUAUUAUUUUUUAAAUAGAUCCUAGAGACAUUUUUCUGUCCGUAAUGAUGACAUGAUUAUGCAAUGAAAUUUUUCAUUAUUAUUAUCAAAAAAGCAUAUUGUAUGAGAAAAUUUUACUUACAUAUUUUGUUAUUUUUUGGAUUACUGAAUGUAUUUGUAACGUAGUAGAUAACGCAUCCUUAGUAAAUUCUCAUAUAUUCGAAAUUAUUUGUGACUCAUAUUCGUAUCCCAAUAUUCGACCGAUCUUAUGUUAAAGGGAUAAGGAUUAUUAAGGAUUGGCACUCUCAGCUUGCAUAUUGGCUAGGCAUACUAAAUAUUUUUUUUAAUUUGAAUUGCAAAUAACGUAAGUAAUGAGCAAUGGGGGUUUGUACGCUUAUAGAAAAUCUGUAAAUCAAAAUGAAUUUAUUUUAUGAAAAGAAACUAAAUCCAAAUUUAUUGAGACUGCUAGUGUUAUUGGUGGGUUUAUUUUUUUGCUAGAUACGCUAGAUCACCCUAGAAACAUUUGACCAGAGAAAUGGACUUAAUAUCCCAUAUGGACAAUGAUGUUAAAUACUGUUAGAUGUGUUACGAGGUCAUGAAAAAUCAGGCGCUCAAAAGAGGAAAUUUCCACAACUCAAUGUUAGUCGUGGUCAACAACGAACGUUAUUUAAACAAAUAAUACCUAAAUAUCGUCUACAAUGUCGAAUUGUGUGUUCAGGAAGUGUAAAAACUAUAUAUACAUAAAUAAAUAGUGGAAUAAAUAAUGACAAAAUUGUGCAUGUGUGCGCUCAGUUUUGUAGCCUAUUAUUCGGAUCACUUUUUGCAGUGAUUUUGUAAAGACGUAAACGAUCUAUAGUAUAAAAAUAUCAUUGGAUAUGGAUAGUUAAAGUCGGUUACGGGGUAGGCAGUGUUUUUAUGCAUAUAUGGUACUUGACUGGUCAUAUUAUGACAAAAACUUAUUAUUAUAUUUAUAGUGAAAAACUACAUGGUAAAAAGUCGCUAAGAAAAUAACAUGACAUGAGAAAGCUUCGAUCGGUUUUUAUGAAAGGUGCCUUGUAUAUUGUCCUAUUAUUUAAAAAAAAAAACGGUGCUAAUUAGAUGAUGAAAUUUAAUUUCAAAGCGGAAAAGUACAAAGAAUGUAUUUUACGACGAUUAUAGGUUAGGAGGCAGUCUUCAAUUAAUUGUAUGUUGUAACAUUAUCACGUCCUAGCCAAUAUGUACGCAUCGAGAAGGGUGAAUGCUUUUAGUGACCUAUUCGCUCAGAUUGUUGUUUAAUUAGUGAAAUCAAUAAAAAAAAUGAAUAUUUUUGUUUUCAUGUAAAAAUUAAAAUCAAUUUACCAUGUAUGAAAAAAUAAAUUAAAUUUUUGUUAGUAUAAAUUUUAAUUUAUAAAAAUCUUGACAAAUGGGACAAGUAAUUAGAAUGUUGAUAAAAAUCAUACCUUUAAGUAAUUAUUAUCAAAAAGUAUGAAUGACUAUUUAUUUCCAUAUAAAAUUUCCAGACGUUGCUUAUACUCGUAGAUCUGGCGAAUAGAUCACAAAGCAAGCUUGUGUUGGCACAUGAAUUAAUAAAAUAAAAAUAAUAUUAAUAAUAAUUACUGCAUUUAUAUCGCAAAUCCACGAUUUAUGAAUAAAAUAAUAAAAGUGUCUAGCUUUCUUUUUGUUCCGCUAAAUAAAUGUAAGCGAAUAUAAAUCAAUAAUAAAAAUAUCGUUGUAUGUAAUGAUAAUAAAUAAUUGUCGCUUAACGUUCCUCAUGUUUAAUGUAUGAGAGAAAAAAAUAAUAUUUUCAUAAAAAAAAAAAUUAAUAAUAAAUAAUUGUUCAUUGCGUAGUCGGAGUUUUAGGAAAAGAAUUAAUCAAUUUCAUUAGUCCAAGAGCCCACGACAGGAUUUAAAUUACAAGUUAACUCCGACUAAGUCUUUUUGAAUAGAUGCCUUUUCUGAUACCACUAAUUAAGAUUAAAAUAGUAUGAUAAAUGGUAGUUUAUUUCAAUCCUUAGUGUAAACUUUCAAGUUAUUACGUUUUCCAAAUUAUUUUCCAGAUUUACAUCUAUGUGGUGUUUUUUAACUUGGAAACGUGCAGUGUAAUAUAGUUUUUAAUGUUUAAAUCAUUCAAUGCCAUUCAAUUAUCAUUUUUGUCGUGGUCUCUCGGACUAUACGAGUUUAAAUGUCAUUUAUAGGUUGUGUAUAGGAACGCUGUGCUAUGCAGUUUGUGUAUUACAAUAAUUAUUUAAAUUAAGUUCUAUUUAUUGUGAUGUUUUUUAUUAUUAUUAUUAAAAUAAUAUUUUUUUUGGCUUUAGACAUGUUUAAUUUGUGAUUUUCAAUAUGAAUGUUAUAUAAAUUAUACAAUAGACGGAGAACCGAUUGUACACCGAAGAUGUGUAAAAAGACAGACAUAGAUUUGUGUAUAAUCGAAUUAAAAAACAAUGAUGGAAUAUAAAGUAUGAUAGCUUUGCAAUAGAUAUAAAGAAUAUCUCUUUUUGUUUGUCUUUCUGAAAUGCUCGGGAUAUAUUAAAAAAAAAAUCACCAUGGUGCUCACACACAAUGUUUGUGUAACAUUAUGUAACAAAAGUUAUAUAUAUAACAUUUUUAGUUGUUACCAAGUUAUGUCAAGUAAUAUAAAAAGAUUUGCAAUAUUGUAGAAAAGUAUUGCAUAAAAGUGUGAUUAUUUUGUUAUACAAUUGUUGUGUAUGAGCGAAGUCGAGCGAAGUCACGGACAAAAUGCUAGUAAAAAGAAAUUUUAGUCUUAUUUUCAAAAUGUACCUAUGAUUAAUAUCUGAAUAAGACUUAUUUAGCUUUGAAAUACUUGGCAAUCAUAAAACUACUGUUUUUCGUAGACAUUAACUAAAGAAGUGCUUAUAAAGCGAGAUUAGACUAUGUAACAUUGUAAUAUAUUAUGUGCAGCAAGUUACGUAACAUGUUAUAUAGUCUAAGAGUCGUCGUUGAACCUCAUAUGCUGUUUGUCAUUUUGUUUUUUAAUAUAUUUGUCAAUACUGUUCGCAUCUUGAAGUGAAAAGUAAAAAUUAAUCAAGGAGAAUAAUAAUUCAACCAUUAAAUUUUUUUAAAUAACAUUUUCGAUACUAAAAUUUAUUCUUUAAUUUGCUUAUGAAUGAAUUUAUAAUAUAAUUUAAUAAAUAAUCUAUUUGUUUUUGGAAUAAAAUAAUUAUUUUACUACUUUAUGAUUUUAAUAUUUUUUGGUAUUUUUACUAGAUAGGUGCGAACCGUUUACUAAACAAAUUUUAUGUACAAAAAAAAAUAUUCAAGCUUCAUUAUAUUACAAUUUCGCUAUGUAUUAUACAAAAUCUUAGAGCUGAGCUGAAAGCCCGUUUGCGACGAACUAGUAACAAAUAAAACCAAUUAAGCGAUAAACAUUUAAUAUAGGUUAUAGGGAACCCAGCCUAGCGUUUCGCUUUACAAAUGUUGACUAUCAUACCUGUCCUUAGACCAAUAGGCUAGUUGACACUUUUUUUUAAAUGGUCUUAAAUAGUUCAUUCUCGUUCUACUAGACUAAAAAAGACGUGAUUACAUUACAAAAUUUUAGUUUUUAAAUACGAGCCAAAACGCCGACAGGCGUUUUGGCUCGUAUUAACAAUUAAUUCGACGUUUAUUACAUCAAGGAUGUUAGUGACGUCACAAAAUGGACGACAGCGUCUUUGACGUUUGGAAAAUUUAAAAAAUACGUGAUACUUAUUUGAAUUAAGUUUUAAAAGAAAUUCUUAAAUUUUAUUAAUUGAUAUCGAUAUAUUUGGGACCCUUAUUCCAUACGAAAUUAAUAUUGUUUAUACUAAAUUUGAUAUGAGUCAACUUCCCUUUUGGUCUGAGUACCUGUCAGAUAUCUGUAGAUUUUCUUAGUAACUUUGUUAACUGUCAAAUAUUGUAUGCACAUUUUUGACUAGUGUCAAAAAUUAGUGUCGAACUAUUGCAAAGAAAUUUAUCGACAGCUAAAGUAGGAUAGGAAGAAAACUAUUAGUGUUCUUGCAGAUUUGAAAAAUUACUAAAAACAAUAGACAUUAAUAAAACUGUUUUUAUUCACGUGGCAUAGACUGUUAACACUUCAAAAGCUAGGCUGUGGUUAUGUUUAAACAUGCAUAAACAAUUUUUGUAUUAUAAGUAGUUAGCAUUCAAAAUAUUAAUAAUCUUAAUCUGUUUCUAUCAAUUACAAUUUUUUUGCCUCCCAUUUUUUUUUGUUUCUAUUUUUUUUUUGCACUAAUGAUUUUUGUGAUUUGACGGUUGUGCACUGAUCUGCCAUAAAAGUUGUAAGUUGGAGAGUCGUGAUAACCUAGUGGAUAUAACCUCUGCCUUCGAUUCGGAGGACGUAGGUUCGAAUCCGGUCUGAGGCAUGCACCUCCAACUUUUCAGUUGUGUGCAUUUUAAAAUUAAAUACCACGUGUCUCAAACGGUGAAGGAAUAACGAAGGAUGAUGAUGAUGAUGAUGAUGAUGAUGAUGAUGAUGAAAUAAAUGUUAGAUCUCAUCUGGUGCAUACUAAGUAAUGCUUCAAAAUUGUGUUAUAUGUAUGUUCAAAACAUAAUAUUCGAACUUAAAAAUUAACACAUUACAUUUUGAUGAACCUUUUAUGUUUUUAUACAAUUCUGAAAGUUUACCUGAGUGCACUGGCGUCAAUUUACUCUUCAUUCAAAUGUGUAAAAUCUGUCAAAAUGUCAAUUCAACUUGAAAUUAUUUGCACAAUUUUGACAGAUUAUAUAAUUAAGUCUAGUGUAGCUUAAUCGUUUAGCCCAAAUGUUUUCAAUUCCUAUUUAUAUCAAACUAGUAGUUAAAAUAACAAAUUAAAACUAACAUUUACCGGGAUUAGUGUUUUUUCCCCGACUAUAUUGUAUAUUCCAUUUUUCAUUAUUUUUUUUCUUAUAUUUAAUUCCAUUUAAAUUUCCAUUGACUGACGAAUAACGGCGUAUAUAUACUCAGAGGCACAAUUAUCCGCCCACUUUAAUAUGACGCGAGUAUAUUAAAGUGGGCGGAUAAUUGUGCCUUUGAGUAUAUAAUAUAGGUGUAUAUGCAAGUGUUACAUAAAGUUGAUACAAAAAUUCAUAAUAUUUCCUUAGUAGUCAAUACUUACGCUAUAGUUCGCCAAAGUAAAUUGCAAUUGUAUAACAUAUCAAUAUAAAAAAAAAACAGUUUGAGAUUUAACUCAAUUUUGUGUAAAACUUGAUUGAUAAUGUAUAAAUUAUUAAUAUUGGGAUUAAAAAAAAACAGUAGAAUGGAAAUUCCCGUUUGUCAAGGGAUCGAUAUUUCAAUCGUUGUAGAGAAAUGUAAUUUUUUGACAGAUGUCAACUGUCAAAUUUAUUCCACUGUUGUAUCCAAACUAUAAAAGCGGUUAAAAAUAUAACUUGCUAUAUUCCUUUAUCAGUCCCUAUAUGUAAUUAGUAUUGAUUAUAUUCCUUUGCUUUGUUGUAGAUAACAUUUUUACAAUUUUUGCCAAUCGUCCAUUUUAUAUAGCGUUUUUUCCCCAAUAAAAUAAAUCGUGUAGAAACUACAAGACGGCCUUAUGAAUAAUUUUAACGGUUAUUUUUUUCUUUUUCUAAUAUUAUUUAGUUUUUGUAUGGAAUAUUCAAAGGUUUCUGAACGUGAGCGAUGUAAUACGACGCCAUUUUGGUUUUUAUGAGUACUGUAGUGUACGUUUGGUUACCUAUUGUGUGUAAUCUAUAAAGGCGUAUGAUUUAUAUACAUUUGGUAUAGUCAAUAGUGUCAUGCAUAUCGGAUUUUAUAAGUUUUUUUUUUAGAGAAACAAAAUGGCGGCGUAUUACGAUCGGAGAACAAUGAAUUUAGUGUAGGGAGCCUUACAUUUAUCAAAUUAUGGUGAUUUUUUCAGUAUCUUUAGAUGCUCUUGUUUCGUCGUAUAUGUAAUGCGGUCUACAGACCUCCAAUUUUAGCUGUACAGUCAUAUUGUUUAGUAGAUCGACCGUGUGUAUGCAAAACACAGAAGUGUACAGUUUUACAGAUAAAAAUUUUCAGUAGAUAAAACUGUACAGUUAAAUCUGAAGGCAAUGCGUUAAAUACUGUUAGAUGUGUUACUAGGUCAUGAAAAAUGAUGCGCUCAAAAGAGGAAAUUUCCACAUCUCAAUGUUAGUCAACAACGAACGCUAUUUAAACAAACAAUACCUAAAUAUCGUCUACAAUGUCGAGUUGUGUGUUCAGGAAGUGUAAAACAUAAAUGGAAUUAAAGACAAAAUUGUGCAUGUGUGCGCUCAGUAACCGAUCUAUAGUAUAAAAUUAUCAUUGAAGGUCUGUAGCCCGCAUAACCUUAAUCAUUGAAGAAGGUUUUACUUAUAAUACAUAAUAUUAUAUAACUUGCCAAAUAAAAGGCGACCAACGUGUUGACAUUCUUAAUUUAUCCGCAUUAUAUAUGAAUGCAAAAUGUUUUGUGUCAUAUUCUUUAUACAAAUAAGGCUCCUUUUGCUAUGUUUAUUCUUUGUACCAUCCAUUAAUAAUUAUUAUAGCGCAUGUUGAAGGCGUUUGUAUGUGUGCGUAAUGGCGCUGUUACGAUUGUUAGCUGUCAUAUUAUACUAAAUAAUAAAAACAUGUAUUGUAUUUAUAUUAUCACAUUGAGACAUGGCUUCUAUGUACGUUCUAUUUCUUUAUUAUGUUAGCAAUCGAUGGAUUUAUAAGGAGAAAGUUUUAAUAAAAAAUAUUAUGAAAUUUG